CUUCUCUCCCAAUCUUUUCAUCCACUGUUAUUUUUUAAUGUACUUUCUGUAUGCUAACCAUUCAGGUUGGAUGCCAUCCAUGAUUCAAUGAUGCAGUUAAAGAAUGAGAAACGUACAGUUGCUGUAGGAGCUGCUGGCGGCCAGGCUUGUCUACUACUGGCUGCUGGAACAAAGGGCAAACGACACAUGAUGCCACAUGCAAAAGCCAUGAUCCAACAGCCUCGUGUUCCUUCAUCGGGGUUGAUGCCUGCUAGUGAUGUUCUUAUCCGUGCCAAAGAGGCAGUAAUAAAAAAGGACGUCCUCACAGAACUUCUGGCCAAGCACGCACUCUCUCUCUUUACACCGGGGUGUUUUGUUCGGCUCAAAUGGAUGUUCUAGCAGGUUGACUUAUCUCUUCAAUGCCACUACUGUCUCCAGAUUCUUUGGCAAGGUCAGGAAAAGAUAAUGGCAGAUGUUAUGCCCCCAGAGGAUUGGGAGAAAUCAGUUGGCAUUAAAGUUGUAGAGCCCUUCUAUUGUGAUCAUUCCUUCUUCUCUUGAAGGAGAAGAGAGGUGGGUCGGGGAAUGCCAGUUCCUUCACAGAAAGAAAGAAUUGCCUAGCCCUUUAGAACAACCGAUAAUGCUUUGUCAUGGUGCACAAGCCGAUCUUGGAUACACCAAGCAUCUCACCUCUACGCAUUCGGUGCUGAAGAACGUAUUUAGAGGGUAGAAAAGCAUCGAAUAUGAACGAAAAUAAUUACCUAUCACAAGCAACAUAGAAAAUCUGUAAAAUUUUAUCGAUCAUCUCAAGAUUCAAUCUGUCAUGCUAGAUUGUAUUUUGUGUUUCUCCUCCAUUAGCUUUUCAAGCAACCUUUUCAGUUUCUUUGUUAAGCUAAUCAAACUAGAUUUUGUCAUUUUACAAUUGUUUUAGAUCGAAAGGUUGUUCAAGACAUACCCUAGAUACAAUGACAUGCAUCUCGCCCAUGCACAACAGCCCACUGCUUCUUCUCAUGGUUAGAGGUUCAGAUAUUAGACAUUAGACAUUAGAUUGUCUUAUUUCUCAUGAUCAUUGCUACAGGGAACACAUUGUUAUAUAUAGUUACCUGAUGUUGAAGGAUGCACAGAGAACAAACGUGAGCUUACUAGAACACCACAUGGAAGACGGUUCAUAAGAGUUGAAUUCUUUUCUUGAUUUUUUGUUUGAGCUUAUUGUUGCUCGAGGACCAUCCGCUGGGUUUGAUGUGUCUUUGAAUGGAUUUGACCU